AGUGUAUCAGGCAAGAAGAUAAGAAAGGAACCUGUGGUCAGACACAUGAAGAAGUGACAGACUCAGGCCAGAGCUGCAGAGAUGGACUUUUAAAGGCUCAGACCCUGGAGAGGGAAGAUGGAACCGAUGAUCUUGCUCUUUGGAAAAAACCUUCAUGGCAGCAACAUGAAGGGACUGCGAUGUGCCGGCCCUAGCUGCUGUCUGAGAGGAUGUCCGGGGUGUCUGAGCCCCUGAGCCGAGUAAAGGUGGGCACGUUACGCCGGCCUGAGGGCCCCCCAGAGCCCAUGGUGGUGGUACCAGUAGAUGUGGAGAAGGAAGAUGUGCGCAUCCUCAAGGUCUGUUUCUACAGCAACAGCUUCAACCCAGGGAAGAACUUCAAGCUGGUCAAAUGCACGGUGCAGACGGAGAUCCGGGAGAUCAUCACCUCCAUCCUGCUGAGUGGGCGAAUCGGGCCGAACAUCCAGCUGGCCGAGUGCUAUGGGCUGAGGUUAAAGCACAUGAAGUCAGAUGAGAUCCACUGGCUGCAUCCCCAGAUGACGGUGGGCGAGGUUCAGGACAAAUAUGAGUGUCUACACGUGGAGGCUGAAUGGAGGUAUGACCUUCAAAUCCGCUACUUGCCUGAAGACUUCAUGGAGAGCCUGAAAGAAGACAGGACCACGCUGCUUUAUUUUUACCAACAGCUCCGGAAUGACUACAUGCAACGCUAUGCCAGCAAGGUCAGUGAAGGCAUGGCUCUGCAGCUAGGCUGUCUGGAGCUCAGGAGAUUCUUCAAGGACAUGCCUCACAAUGCACUUGACAAAAAGUCCAACUUUGAGCUCCUGGAGAAGGAAGUGGGUCUGGACCUGUUUUUCCCAAAGCAGAUGCAGGAGAACUUAAAGCCCAAGCAAUUCAGGAAGAUGAUUCAGCAGACCUUCCAGCAGUAUGCCUCGCUCCGGGAGGAAGAGUGCGUCAUGAAGUUCUUCAACACUCUCGCAGGCUUUGCCAACAUCGACCAGGAGACCUAUCGCUGUGAACUCAUUCAAGGGUGGAACAUUACUGUGGACCUGGUCAUUGGCCCCAAGGGCAUCCGCCAGCUGACAAGUCAAGAGACAAAGCCCACCUGUCUGGCUGAGUUCAAGCAGAUCAAGUCUAUCAGGUGCCUCCCACUGGAGGAGGGCCAGGCGGUCCUGCAGCUGGGCAUCGAAGGUGCCCCCCAGUCCUUGUCCAUCAAAACCUCGUCCCUGGCAGAGGCUGAGAACAUGGCAGACCUCAUUGAUGGCUACUGUAGGCUCCAGGGAGAACAUAAAGGCUCUCUCAUCAUGCAUCCCAAAAAAGAUGGUGAGAAGAGGAACAGCCUGCCUCAGAUCCCCACACUAGACCUGGAGGCUCGGCGGUCCCAUCUUUCCGAAAGCUGCAGCAUAGAGUCAGACAUCUAUGCAGAGAUUCCUGACGAGACCCUGCGAAGGCCAGGAGGUCCACAGUACGGUGUUGCUCGUGAGGAUGUGGUUCUUAAUCGUAUUCUUGGUGAAGGCUUCUUCGGGGAGGUCUACGAAGGGGUCUACACAAAUCAUAAAGGGGAGAAAAUCAAUGUGGCUGUCAAGACCUGCAAGAAAGACUGUACCCUGGACAACAAAGAGAAGUUUAUGAGCGAGGCAGUGAUCAUGAAGAAUCUCGACCACCCACACAUAGUGAAGCUGAUUGGCAUCAUUGAGGAGGAGCCCACGUGGAUUGUCAUGGAACUGUAUCCCUUUGGGGAGCUGGGCCACUACCUGGAGCGAAACAAGAACUCCCUGAAGGUACCCACUCUGGUCCUGUACUCUCUGCAGAUAUGCAAAGCCAUGGCUUAUCUGGAGAGCAUCAACUGUGUGCACAGGGAUAUCGCCGUCCGGAAUAUCCUGGUGGCCUCCCCUGAGUGUGUGAAGCUGGGGGAUUUUGGCCUUUCUCGGUACAUUGAGGAUGAGGAUUAUUACAAAGCCUCUGUGACUCGUCUUCCCAUCAAAUGGAUGUCGCCUGAGUCCAUCAAUUUCCGCCGCUUCACGACAGCCAGUGACGUCUGGAUGUUUGCUGUGUGCAUGUGGGAGAUCCUCAGCUUUGGGAAGCAGCCUUUCUUCUGGCUGGAAAACAAGGAUGUCAUCGGGGUGUUGGAAAAAGGAGACAGGCUGCCCAAGCCCGACCUCUGUCCUCCCGUCCUCUACACACUCAUGACUCGCUGCUGGGACUAUGACCCCAGUGACCGGCCCCGCUUCACAGAGCUUGUGUGCAGUCUCAGUGACAUUUAUCAGAUGGAAAGGGAUAUUGCCAUAGAGCAAGAGAGGAAUGCUCGCUACCGUCCCCCCAAAAUAUUGGAGCCCACUGCCUUCCAGGAACCCCCACCCAAGCCCAGCCGGCCCAAGUAUAGACCCCCUCCUCAGACCAACCUGCUGGCUCCUAAGCUGCAGUUCCAGGUCCCAGAGGGUCUGUGUGCCAGCUCUCCUACGCUCACUAGCCCUAUGGAGUAUCCAUCUCCCGUUAACUCGCUGCACACCCCACCUCUCCACCGGCACAAUGUCUUCAAGCGCCACAGCAUGCGGGAGGAGGACUUCAUCCGCCCCAGCAGCCGAGAGGAGGCCCAGCAGCUAUGGGAGGCUGAGAAGAUCAAGAUGCGGCAGAUCCUGGACAAGCAGCAGAAGCAGAUGGCCGAAGAUUCCCAGUGGCUGAGACGGGAGGAAAGAUGCUUGGACCCCAUGGUUUACAUGAAUGACAAAUCCCCAUUGACCCCAGAGAAAGAGGCUGGCUACACUGAGUUCACGGGGCCCCCACAGAAGCCACCACGGCUGGGUGCACAGUCCAUUCAACCCACAGCCAACUUGGACAGGACCGACGACCCAGUAUACUUCAAUGUCAUGGCGCUGGUGCAGGCUGUGCUGGAACUCAAGAACGAGCUCAGCCAGUUGCCCCCUGAGGGCUACGUGGUGGUGGUGAAGAAUGUGGGCCUGAACCUGCGGAAGCUCAUCGGGAGUGUGGACGAUCUCUUGCCCUCCCUGCCAUCAUCCUCUAGGACAGAGAUUGAGGGGACCCAGAAACUGCUCAACAAAGACCUGGCAGAGCUCAUCAACAAGAUGCGGCUGGCCCAGCAGAACGCGGUGACCUCCCUGAGUGAGGAGUGCAAGCGGCAGAUGCUCACGGCCUCCCACACCCUGGCCGUGGACGCCAAGAACCUGCUAGAUGCUGUGGACCAGGCCAAGGUUCUGGCCAAUCUGGCCCACCCACCUGCUGAGUGACCUAGGGUGGGGCCUCCUGCCUGCGUCUUCCACCCCCACCUGUCGUGGUCUACCUUUCCUGCCUUGCCUUUGGUCAUGUGGUCUUCUGGGAAAGGCCGAGGGGAGUCCUUCCUUCACCACUCGCACGACCCCCCUCCCCGCGCCACCCCAGACUGUGCUGCUCAGGCUGCACCUGGACAGAGGGGAUUCUGGGCAUGGACACAGGGUGGGGUGACAUAGUUCAUAAGGGGGUGUUUGCUGCCAGCCACUCCCCCUUACCCCAGCCUGGGUGCUGGGGCCUCAUUGGGAUCACAGUGGCAGUACUCCUAACUGCUGAGGUGGCUUUCUGCAUGGACGUUGGAGAGCCAGCCUACCCCUUCUCCUUCCUCUUCGGCCCUUGGAGGACCCCUGGUACAGGGGGGUCAGAGAGGGGCUUUGUUUGGAGGGAGGCUGGUGACAGAAGGGCUGGACCUGGCUCUCUUGUACAGUGUAUAUUGGAAUUUAUUUAAUGUGAGUUGAGUCUGGACAGCCAUGGGCCAUAGUCCAGGAACAAGCUAAUUGAGAAUCCAGGCUCAGGGCUCUGUGCUAUUAUCAAACUGAGGGUCAUGGGGAAGAGGCAGAGAGUCGUAGGCCAGAACCGGAUGUUGAGCCACAUCUGAGACUUCCUGCACUCCUCCUCACCCUUUCCCUCUCCCCUUCUCCCCUCUUUUCUUAAGCUCUCUCCUCCCUCAUCUCCUCUGACCCUUUACUUUCUCACAUGAUUGUGGAGAACAUUCUUUUACCUUCUUUCUAUCUGACUUGUGGUUCAAUUAAAAUCAUUACCAUUUGCUUU